AUGGAAUGGAAUUUUCUCAAACAGGAUUGGGAAUAUGUUUUGAUGGGCAACAACGUUGCUUUGAGAGAAAUAAAAGAUUCUAGGAUUGAUAUGGUUGGAUUUCUUAAAGCGGUGCUUGAAAUUGCUGAUGAAAAUCAAAAAAAUACAUCAAAAUCUCAAAAGCAAGAAUUAUUCGAAUUACUUUCACAUUCAAUUAAGUUACACCUACAAUCAUGUUAUAUUAGCCGCUAUAUUCAUACUUUUCAUGGAUUGAAUGAUUUAUUGGAAGAUAUAAAAUCUGGAAAAUCUUCAGAUCCUAAUUUAAUAAACCCUAUGAAUCAAUUACUUUAA